CUGCCAGGCUACCCGGCCCCUCCUCACCACACGCUCUCCUCCCUCCCCGACGGACUGGCCGUCUUCCUUUUAAGCUCGUGUCCUGAGACAUGGAUGGCAUCUUGAUCUCGAAGUGGUAGUUAGCUACACACUCGGGGCUUGGAGACACAGAAAAAAUCUACUUCUCGGAGCCACUGCAAGUCUCCAGGUCGCGGAAGCGGAGGGGUGAGCAUGGCAGGGCAGAGCAGCUACAGCCGGCUCGCCGGCGACGACGAGGCCGCCAUGAUCUCCGGCAGCGAGGACUACGACACCAAAAAGCUGCGUCUGCUUGGCUACAGGCCGCAGCUCAAGCGCAACCUCUCGUUGUUGUCCAACUUCUCGGUGUCCUUCUCCAUCGUGUCAGUCCUAACGGGCAUCACGACAUUGUAUGGAACGGGCCUUGAAUUUGGCGGGCCAGCAACCAUGGUGUAUGGCUGGCCUAUUGCGGGCACCUUCACCGUCAUCGUCGGCCUAGCCAUGGCCGAGAUAUGCUCCGCCUACCCUACCUCUGGUGGCCUCUACUUCUGGAGCGCCAAGCUCUGCAGCGAGCGACGGGGUCCCUUCGCCUCCUGGCUGACUGGCUGGUUUAACAUCGUUGGACAGUGGGCGGUGACAACCAGCGUGGAUUACUCGCUGGCGCAGCUGAUCCAAGUGAUCAUCCUUCUCAGCACCGGCGGCGCCAACGGCGGAGGGUACCUGGCGUCUAAGUACGUCGUCAUCGCCUUCCACGCCGCCAUCCUGCUCAGCCACGCCAUCAUCAACAGCCUCCCCAUCUCCUGGCUCUCCUUCUUCGGCCAGUUCGCGGCUGCCUGGAACAUGCUAGGUGUCUUUGUCUUGAUGAUUGCUGUGCCGACUGUGGCUACCGAGAGGGCUAGCGCCAAGUUUGUCUUCACCCAUUUCAACACUGACAACAGCGCCGGGAUACACAGCAGCCUCUACAUCUUUGUCCUGGGGCUCCUCAUGAGCCAGUACACACUCACAGGAUACGACGCAUCAGCGCAUAUGACCGAGGAGACGAAAAACGCAGACAGGAACGGCCCGAUCGGGAUCAUCAGCGCGAUCGGCAUAUCCAUAGUGGUCGGCUGGGGAUACAUUCUCGGCAUCACGUUUGCAGUCAAGGACAUACCCUCCCUGCUGAGCCCCGACAAUGACGCUGGAGGGUACGCGAUCGCUCAGGUGUUCUACCAGGCUUUCAAGAGCCGGUACGGUAGCGGCGUGGGCGGGAUCGUCUGCCUGGGCAUUGUUGCCGUCGCCAUAUACUUCUGCGGCAUGAGCUCCGUGACGAGCAACUCCAGGAUGGCGUACGCCUUCUCGAGAGACGGGGCGAUGCCGCUGUCGUCCGUGUGGCACAAGGUCAACAAGCACGAGGUGCCGAUCAACGCCGUCUGGCUAUCGGCCUUCAUCUCCCUCUGCAUGGCCUUGCCGUCGCUGGGCAGCCUGGUGGCGUUCCAGGCCAUGGUGUCGAUCGCGACCAUCGGGCUCUACAUCGCCUACGCGCUGCCCAUCUUCUUCCGGGUGACUCUGGCGCGCAAGCACUUCGUGCCGGGGCCGUUCAACCUCGGACGGUAUGGCGUCGUGGUGGGCUGGGUGGCCGUGCUCUGGGUGGCCACCAUCACCGUGCUCUUCUCGCUGCCUGUCACGUACCCGGUGACCAAGGACACGCUCAACUACACGCCGGUCGCCGUUGGCGGGCUCUUCAUCCUCGUCCUGUCGUCGUGGAUCUUCAGUGCCAGGCACUGGUUCAAGGGACCCGUCACCAAUUUGGGGGGCUAGUUCCCUUUCUUAUCUGUGUGUGUGGAAUUGUUGUGAUGCAUGUACCUGAGAUUCUCGACAGAAUACACUGCCUUCUAGAGGAGAAGAGAACACAUGAAUCGGAAGCAAUGAGAUGUUGUAAUUCAUUUUUUUCAUCUAAUUGUUGUAAUUACCUUGACCAACACGAACGAGAAGGCAAGUUAUUGACUAAAUUAUACAGCCUUUUAAUCUGUAAA